AUGCAACGAUCAAAUUAUGGGAACUUCCCCCCAGCGAACUCUCCCCCUCUCCAUCACCCCGUACCCCAACAUGUUUCUACCGUCCCUCAGCUACGAUCACCACCUCCACCGGUCCCGCAACAACAGCAUCAGGCAGGAUAUGGGAAUCCCUAUCAACCUCAGGCUCCGGGAGGUGCAGGCGCAUUCGGCGCAUAUGGGGGCUUCAUAAAUGAUCCUACGGCGCAAAUGGGAUUUCAAGUUGGACAAACAGCUUUAAAACAUGGAACGGAAUACGUGGAACAAAAUUUCAAUCGAUAUGUCAAUGUUUCGGCGCUCAAACAUUACUUUAAUGUCUCGAAUGGAUAUGUGGCCAACAAGUUAUUCUUGGUCCUAUUCCCAUGGAGGCAUAAGCCUUGGUCGAGAAAACAGUCGAUUGGUCCGAGUGGCCAAGAAGGGUGGUUUUUACCUCCUAGGGAUGACCUCAAUAGUCCAGAUAUGUAUAUUCCAGUAAUGGCACUUGUAACAUAUAUCCUACUUUUCACACUUCUAGCCGGUCUUCGAGGCGCCUUUCAGCCAGAACUUCUUGGGUCAACGGCAGGAUGGGCAUUUUUUAUUGUCUUUAUUGAAAUUCUGGGUUUGAAGCUUGGAUGUUACCUCCUAUCUAUCUCGAACGAAUCUCAGCUACUUGAUUUGGUCGCCUACUCCGGAUACAAGUUCGUUGGAGUUAUCACUACUUUGGUUGUUAGUGAGAUCUUCAACGGUGGUAAGGGAACUGGCGGAUGGAUUGGAUGGACUGUUUUCAGCUACACUUUCCUCGCCAACGCAUUAUUCCUGUUACGAUCCUUGAAAUACGUCCUCCUUCCCGAAAAUACGACUGAUGAGCGAGGUACCAUGCAAACCGUAGCACGAUCGCAGAAGAGCCGAAGGACGCAAUUCCUCUUCAUCUACUCAUACCCUGUGCAAUUGAUCUUCAUGUGGGGACUCACAAGAGCGUGA